AUGCACACAUGGUAAAGCAUGUUCCAACUCGGACAUGCUAUUGAGACGGUGAUAAUAAACUUGUGUUGUGGAAAAAAGAAAGUAGAGGGUGUACCACGAAUAGGUGUUAGUGGAAACAGCGUCAGUACUGACAGAGAGGACAGCAUUCUAUUUUUAGGGAGUCUGGUGUGCACAGAGGCCUCUCGAAGGAUUUCAAAACAACAAAUAACAUUCCACGGUCGCCCCGGUCUCUAUAAACAUCCACCUGACAAACUCAGAAAGUGAAGAACUUUCAGAAGUGAAGUGUUUAAGAAAACAACGGGUCAUAGAUAGAUUUUUGAUGAUACAAGGCUAAUUGCAGGAUUGUUUACAAUGUGCAUCAAAUCAGCUGAGACGAGUUUAGAUAGUCCAAUAUCAGACAUCCUGCACUAUAAAGACAAAGAAUUCAUUUCCAUCCUCCACCAGCAUUUGAACGACUUAAGGAAGGCGCAUCUUCUCACUGACGUCAUCCUUUGCUCCGACGGCAAGGGGAUUCCGUGUCACCGAAAUGUUCUGGUGUCCAGCAGCCCUUACUUCUACGCCAUGUUUUGCAGCAGCUUCCUGGAGAGCCAGAAGCCCAAGAUUGAGCUGCAGAAUGUUCCUCACGACAUCCUCGUGAGUAUUGUGGACUACGUUUACACAGGGGCCAUCAGCAUUACCAUGGAACUGGUUCUCCCGCUGAUGCAAGCUGCCUCCAUGCUUCAGUAUGGAAGAUUAUUUGAGGCCUGCUCGACGUUCCUUCAAACUCAGCUUAGUCCAGACAACUGCCUGAGCAUGAUCCGUCUCUCAGAAAUCCUGCAUUGCUCCAGCUUGCAGGAAAAAGCCAGAGAGUUGGCCAUGAGGAGCUUCUCGGAUGUGGUCGUCUCCGAGGACUUCUGUGAACUCUCUCUACCUGAACUGCUGAGCUACCUCGAAGACGAUAGACUAUGCAUUGAGGAGGAGCAGGUAUUCGAGACUCUUUUAGCUUGGAUCCACCAUGAACCAUUUUCCAGACGCGGCACCAUCCAUGACUUGUUCCGUCGUGUGAGGCUGAGAUACAUCCAUCCUUCCUACCUCUUCCGGUUUAUGGCCAAUGACCCUCUUGUUCAGUCCUCUUCACUGUGCUUAGAAAUAAUCGAAUCCGUUCGUCGUCUACUCUUUUCUGUUGGAACUCUGUGUCCCGGUGACCUGGAGCCUCUCUGGGCGGCACCACGGCGUCAGAACUGUAAGGAGGCGCUUGUAGUGGUGGGAGGCCGCAAGAACGGAGAGCAGACGUCUCGUGAGGCAAUGCUCUACGAUGAGCAGACCCAGCGCUGGCAGUUGCUGGUGAAAAUUCCACUGAGACUCUACCGACCCUCUUACAUCAGCAUGCACAGCAUCCUUUAUGUGCUGGGGGGCUUAACCAUGAGAGCAGGAGGGGAGUGCACAGCCAGCAACACCGUGUACACACUUUCUCUUAAAUCAAACCAGUGGAGAAUGGGAGAACCUAUGUUGACGCCUCGAUAUGCCCAUCAGAGUAUUUCGUAUCUGCAUUUUAUUUUCGUACUGGGAGGAUUGACAGCUGACCAUCAGCUGUCCAAUCAGGUUGAGCGAUACGACACCAUGUUCAACCAGUGGGAAGUCAUGGCACCUGUGCCCACACCGGUUCUACACCCAGCUGUGGCAGCACAUGACCAGAGAAUAUAUGUGUUUGGAGGGGAAGACGCAAUGCAGAAACCCGUUCGAAUGAUCCAGAUAUACCACAUCGGAAGAAAUCUGUGGUGUAGAAUGGAGACCAGAACAGUAAAGAAUGUUUGCGCACCUGCAGCGGUGAUCGAUGACAAAAUCUACAUUGUAGGCGGAUAUACAAGGCGAAUGGUAGCCUAUGAUGUAAAAAGCAACAGGUUUGAAAAAUGUGAGAAUAUGAAGUUGAGGAAGAUGCAUCACUCCGCCACUGUAGUGAAAAACAAGAUUUAUGUCACGGGGGGGCGGUUCAUUAAUACCCAGGACAGUGUGGAAGACUCUGACGGUUUUGACUGCUAUGAUCCAAAGACAGACUCAUGGGCAUCAAUGGGAACUUUACCAUUUAAGUUAUUUGACCAUGGCUCAGUACCCCUAGUCUAUCUCUCUGAUAAGUCUCUGCCUACAUAAAUGGAUUUAUCUCACUUUACUCAAUGUAGCUUAGUAACUUCAAACAAACUGCAAUCACUAACAUUCAUGAGGAGAUAUAUAGAGGUAUUGUUUUUUGGAAAAGUUUUUGCACAUAUUGCAUUUUAAAUUAGUUUGAAAUGGUUCUUAUUUAUUUAUUAGUUUUGCAUAUAUAUAUACAUAUUGCAAAACAGACGAAGAAAUUUAUUUUAAGUACUUUACAAAUUUCAGACUAGCACACCAAGUUAAAUGUUCUUUUAUUUUAGCACAUUCCUUCAUUUUGUACAUUUAUUUUGUGAUUUAUUUUCCAAUGUAGUUACGUAGUGGAACAAUUUUAAAUGUCAAAUGACUAAAAUGUUUGGUAUAAAAAGUUUUAAAUAAAUGAAAUUGUACUACCACAAUGGUAAAUUAAGAUUAUCUGCAUAGCAUGAUGACAGUUUAUAUAGACAGUUUUAUCGGACGCACACGCUGGCCCGCAAGUCAAUUUCCGACAUGAUUUUGGUUAUAAUAUAUAAAAAUGUAUAUUGAAUUUAUAUUAAUACUUUAUUGUGUAGUGUAAUGAAUUACAUUAAAACUACUCAAAAGUUAUUGAUUCUUUGCAGAUGUCUUUCGAAAGUUAAGUUUGGUCCACAUAACGUUUGUUCACAGUAUGUUGUUUCAGUUGAAAUAGUAUAUUUUUGUACAUUUCAUUGUAUUCUACUGUAUAAGUUGCUUAAAGCUUCAAUAAAAUAUGUGACCCUUUGACAACAAAACCAGUCUUAUGGGUAAAAAAAAUUUAAAUUGAGAUUUUUGCAUCAUAUGAAAAUAUAAAAACAUUUCUAUUGAUAUGUAGAGUGUUAUAGAAUAGGACAAUAUCUGGCAGAGAUACAGUUUAAAACUCUGGAAUCUGAGGGUAUAUUGAGAAUUUGCCUUUGAAGUUGCCAACCAGUGGCAGUGUAGCAGACCAUCCACUCACAAAAAUAAGGAAAUUUACAAAAUAUCUUCAUGGAUAAUGAUCCUUACUUAAUAUCUUAAUAAUUGGCGUUAAAGAGAAAUAAAUAAUUUUGACCAAUAUAACGUUGUUUUGGCUUUUGCUAAAAAUGUUCCCAUGCUACUUAAAACUGGUUUUGUGAUUCAGGGUCACAUACUGUAUAUUUUAUGUGAAGUGUAAUAUAUCUAAUAAAAUGUGUUGUAUACUCAAUACGAAUAUGCAUAUAGGCUUUACAUUAUAAAAACUCAAUAAAAAGUCUAUAAAGUUUAAUAAAAAUAACUGA